CCCCGCGCGUCCAGUGAGUCGCACGCGAGGAUUAUGUGCUCGCUUCAAGUCCACGGCUAAACAGUCAACGAAGCAUAGCGCGUGUGCCACCAAAACAGUGACCCCCCCCGAUAUUCGAUACGCCAAACCGCGCAACAUCACUUGUCGGUGAGAUAUCGAUUUUGCCCAGAAACCAUACUGAAUCGAACACAAAAAGGAGACGACAAACACAAUCAAAGCGAUCUAAGAAUGGCAUAGGGAAUCAAUCAAUCGGCAGCAUGUGCUAUGUGAUAGUCACCGGACGUAGCCUGCUAUGGACGCUCUUGUCCCUGGCAGCAUUGAUGGCAGUUUUAUCAGGCCUCAUCACUCCCAGGUGGCUUGUAGGACCACCGACGAUUAAGGACACAAGGAAUGGCACAGAAUUAUACACGCCGACUGUCGGAAUCUUCAAUCGUUGCACGAGAUUAUUCGGCAAGACGCACUGCGCGAAUUUCAAUGUUGACGGUUUCGCGACGGAUUCCAACGUCUUCCCGGGAUGCUGGAAGGCGUCCCUGUUCUUCCUGUCCGCGGGUCUGGCGGUGAUGUCGGUGACCGUGAUCGCCGCUCUACUCGGAUGUUGCGUGCAGAGCAUCGGCCGCAAAAGCAUCUUCAAUCUGGCGGGAGUGGCGCAAGCCGUUGCCGGAAUACUAUAUCUUUUCGGGAUGAUUCUGUACCCCGCUGGCUGGGGUGCUGAGAGAGUGCAGAGAAUCUGCGGACCUGAAGCUGAUGCUUUCUAUCUCGCUAAUUGCAGUCUUGGAUGGGCGUUUUAUAGCGCGGCAAUCGGCGUCGCUCUUACCUUCGUCUGCGCCGCAUUUAGCGGACAAGCGGAGAAGUCGACGGCCAGCGACAAGGUCCAGGACAAAAUGAACGAAGGAAAGACCCUAAUAUGCUUAGCUUGAGCAUGCAAAUAAAAUCAGCGAAGGGUCCAUAACGGAUACCACACUGCGGAGCAUCGAAAUGGGAUAUUUGAAGUGCAACCAGAAAUAUUCGCCUUGUUGUGUUUAUCGUGCACCAAACGGAGAUAAAAAUUUUAUCAUGGAAACGCGAUUGUUGCACAAAUCAAAUAAUUAAUUAAGCAGAGAAUGAACAUUCUGGCUAAAUGUCAUACGUGGUGUAUUGUACGCACAAAGAAAGUCGAAUGUACUUUACUGUCUUCCCACACUUGCUACCGUAAUUUAUGCUGAACACCUACGGUGCUGAAAAUUCCUAUUUUAUAUCUUACAUAUGUGUUUUUAUAUGUUAAAAAGAAAUAUAAAGUAAAAUGUGGAUGUUUCUUUUUUGUUCAAUGUAAAUAAGUGAGUAGUAUAGCACACAACAAAAUAGAAUAUAUGUCCAAUGAUUUCUCUUCAACAUUCGUUUCUAACCCAUAGAGAUGUGUAAAUUAAAGUUUUCUAAUGCUGAAUCGAAACAAAUCAAAUCAACAAAGUUUUACUUGAUGCCGAAUUGAAUUAAAUUAUUGAAACAUAACUUUUAAUUAACAACAUAAUUAUUAUACAUAUAUAUAUAUAUAUUUUAAAUAUAUUUAAAUUUUCAUAUAUAAACAAUAAAAAUAUAUUGAUUACAUGUUGUAAAGUUAGUAUUUAAGUAUGAUUUUAUAAGAUUGUUAAUUUAUGUUAUUCGUAUUCAAAAGUUUUAGAUUCAAAUAUUUCGAAUAAUUCGGAUUCAUGUCCGGAUUGAUGUCGGAUUCAUAGAUUUAUGUCCAAAUAUAGACUAAAUCUUCCAUUCAAUUCGUAUUCAAAUAAUUCGCGCAUCUCUGAUAGGCGGAUUAAUUCUUCACACUUUUUUAAGCAUGUUCAAUUGAUAAAUAAUGAAAUUUAUUCGUUUUAUUCUCAUUUAUCAACAGAUUUCGUGAAAUUCGGUUGAAUGUAUAACUUAAAUAGAUACAUGUACAUAAAAGUAUCGGCCGUCAGUCGAUUGUAUGUACAUACACACAUAUAAAUAAUGAAGGCACUAAGGGAAUCAACGAUCAAUAAAUUAUCCGGAUAGAUUUGUAUGAAAAUUUCGAGCGAGAUAAAUGUAAUUGGCAAUUAUAGUAAAAAAUAUAAUAUUAUACGGAAUCGCGAUUACAGUUCGUGUGUGACGACGCGCGUGUGAUUAUUUACUUAGAGUACGAGUGUUAUUUGGUUGAGGACUUGUCGUUAGAACCGCUGACCACUGAAUCGGACGCCGAGAAAAAAUGCUAUCGUACAGCUACACAAAGAAAAAAAAAGA